CUCCCCCUUUUUCAUACUGUUAUUUGACCCCAACCUGACUGAACUGUAUGUAGGAGUUUCCCCUUUUUCAUACUGUUAUUUGACCCCAACCUGACUGAACUAUAGGGGUCUCCCCCUUUUUCAUACUGUUAUUUGACCCCAACCUGACUGAACUGUAGGAGUCUAUUUUCUACAUUGUAGAAUAAUAGUGAAUCAAUCAAUCAAUCAAUCAAAUUUGAUUUAUAUAGCCCUUCGUACAUCAGCUGAUAACUCAAAGUGCUGUACAGAAACCCAGCCUAAAACCCCAAACAGCAAACAAUGCAGGUGUAGAAGCACGUGAAGACAUCAACACUUUGAAAAAACACACAAUCAGGUAGUAACCAAAAAAAAGUGUUAAACAAAUUAAAAUAUAUUUUAUAUUUGGAGAUUCUUUAAAGUAGCCACCCUUUGCCUUGAUUACAGCUUUGCACACACUUGGCAUUCUCUCAACCAGCUUCAUGAGGUAGUCACCUGGAAUGCAUUUCAAUUAACAGGUGUGACUUGUUAAAUGUGAAUUUGUGGAAUUUCUUUCCAUCUUAAUGCGUUUGAGCCAAUUAGUUGUGUUAUGACAAGAUAAGGGUGGUAUACAGAAGAUAGCCCUAUUUGGUAAAAUACCAAGUCCAUAUUAUGGCAAGAACAGCUCAAAUAAGCAAAGAGAAACAACAGUCCAUCAUUACUUUAAGACAUGAAGGUCAGUCCAUCAUUACUUUAAGACAUGAAGGUCAGUCCAUCAUUACUUUAAGACAUGAAGGUCAGUCCAUCAUUACUUUAAGACUAGAAUGUCAGUCCAUCAUUACUUUAAGACAUGAAGGUCAGUCCAUCAUUACUGUAAGACAUGAAGGUCAGUCCAUCAUUACUGUAAGACAUGAAGGUCAGUCCAUCAUUACUUUAAGACAUGAAGGUCAGUCCAUCAUUACUUUAAGACAUGAAGGUCAGUCCAUCAUUACUUUAAGACAUGAAGGUCAGUCCAUCAUUACUUUAAGACAUGAAGGUCAGUCCAUCAUUACUUUAAGACAUGAAGGUCAGUCCAUCAUUACUUUAAGACAUGAAGGUCAGUCCAUCAUUACUUUAAGACAUGAAGGUCAGUCCAUCAUUACUUUAAGACUAGAAUGUCAGUCCAUCAUUACUUUAAGACUAGAAUGUCAGUCCAUCAUUACUUUAAGACUAGAAUGUCAGUCCAUCAUUACUUUAAGACUAGAAUGUCAGUCCAUCAUUACUUUAAGACAUGAAGGUCAGUCCAUCAUUACUUUAAGACAUGAAGGUCAGUCCAUCAUUACUUUAAGACAUGAAGGUCAGUCCAUCAUUACUUUAAGACAUGAAGGUCAGUCCAUCAUUACUUUAAGACAUGAAGGUCAGUCCAUCAUUACUUUAAGACAUGAAGGUCAGUCCAUCAUUACUUUAAGACAUGAAGGUCAGUCCAUCAUUACUUUAAGACAUGAAGGUCAGUCCAUCAUUACUUUAAGACAUGAAGGUCAGUCCAUCAUUACUUUAAGACAUGAAGGUCAGUCCAUCAUUACUUUAAGACAUGAAGGUCAGUCCAUCAUUACUUUAAGACAUGAAGGUCAGUCCAUCAUUACUUUAAGACAUGAAGGUCAGUCAAUACGGAACAUUUCAAGAACGUUUCUUCAAGUUCAGUCGCAAAAGCCAUCAAGCGCUGUGAUUAAACUGGCUCUCAUGAGGACCGGACAGGAAAGGAAGACCCAGAGUUACCUCUGCUGCAGAGGAUAAGUUCAUUAGAGUUAACUGUCUCUCAUGAGGACCGCCACAGGAAAGGAAGACCCAGAGUUACCUCUGCUGCAGAGGAUAAGAUCAAUAGAGUUAACUGCACCUCAGAUUGGAGGGAAAGAGGGAAAUAAAUAAGUUCCUCACAGAGUUCAAUCAUUAGUUAACUGCACCUCAGAUUGCAGUUCAAGUAACAGACACAUCUCAACAUCAACUGUUCAGAGGAGACGGCGUGAAUCAGGUCUUCAUGGUCGAAAUGCUGCAAAGAAACCACUACUAAAGGACACCAAUAAGAAGAAGAGACUUGCUUGGGCCAAGAAACAUGAGCAAUGGACAUUAGACCGGUGGAAAUCUGUCCUUUGGUCUGAUGAGUCCAAAUGUGAGAUUUUUGGUUUCAACCACUGUGUCUUUGUGAGAUGCAGAGUAGGUGAAUGGAUGAUCUCCACAUGUUUGGUUCCCACUGUGAAGCAUGGAGGAGGAGGAGGUGUGAUGGUGCUUUGCUGGUGACACUGUCAGUGAUUUAUUUAGAAUUCAAGGCACACUUAACCAGCAUGUCUACCACAGCAUUCUGCAGUGAUACACCAUCCCAUCUGGUUUGCGCUUAGUGGGACUUUCAUUUGUUUUUCAACAGGACAAUGAACCAACACACCUCCAGGCUGUUUAAGGGCUAUUUGAUAAUGAAGGAAAGUGAUGGAGUGCUGCAUCAGAUGACCUGGCCUCCACAAUCACCCGACCUCAACCCAAUUGAGAUGGUUUGGGAUGAGUUGGACCGCAGAGUGAAGAAAAAGCAGCCAUAAGCAUAUGUUGGAACUCCUUCAAGACUGUUGGAAAAGCAUUCCUCAUGAAGCUGGUUGAGAGAAUGCCAAGUGUGUGCUUUGAAGAAUCUAUAAUCUAAAAUAUAUUUUGAUUUGUUUAACACUUUUUUUGGUUACUACAUGAUUCCACGUUUGUUAUUUCAUAGUUGUGAUGUCUUCACUAUUAUUCUACAGUGGAGAAAAUAGUAAAAUGAUUGAAAAACCCUGGAAUGAGUAGGUGUGUCCAAACUUUUGACUUGUACUGUACUGUACUGUGCUUAAUAUUUCUGUCACAAUGGGGACUGUGUUUCUCUUUUGGAAAAUAUAUUUAUUUGUAUUUUUAAAAAAUGUUUACGUUACCCCCUUUUCUCCCCAAUUUCAUGGUGUCCAAUUGUUAGUAGUUACUAUCUUGUCUCA